UGUGAUGUCGUAAGUCGGCGCCGCGAUCAUGUAUAUGUUGUGAUUCGGCUGAAGAGAGGUUUGUGUUUUAAAACAGUUAAAGUGUUUAAAUCAGUGUUAACAGCUGACGAAAUUUUAUAGUUUUACAAGCACUGUGAAUGAACUAAUUAAUAGCAUUGUAAUGCUUUAUCUAACAUCAGUGAACGUUAUUUUUGUGAGUAAAGCUCGUCUACACAUGAGUAACAGAAAAGGACAGAGUGUCCAAACACACAGGAAAACUCCUGGUGAAGCAGCUGAGAUCCACGUGACACACUAUUAUAAAGAUGGCGUUUAUUAAAGAGGAGAGUGAAGAAAUGAAGAUUGAAGAAGUAUUCAGCCUGAAACAAGAAGAUACUGAGGAACAAAUAGACCUGAGGCCGCUGAAAGAGGAGUGUCAAGAACUGAAUGAUUUGGAAGAAAAAUAUCACCCUGGAGAGAGCCUUUUCACCUGCCAACAGUGUGAAAAAAGUUUCACUCAAAAAGCAAACCUUAACAGGCACAUGAGAAUUCACACUAGAGAAAAGGCUUACAAUUGCCCUCAGUGUGCAAAGAGUUUUACACAGAACAAAUACCUUAGUGCCCACAUAAGAGUUCACACUGGAGAGAAGCCUUUCACCUGCCAACAGUGUGGGAAGAGCUUCUCACUAAAAGGAAAUCUUAAGACUCACAUGAGAAUUCAUAAUGGAGAGAAACCAUUCAAAUGCCUUCAUUGUGGAAAGAGUUUUACGCACAAAAAAAACCUUAAUACCCACAUGAGACAUCACACUGGAGUGAGUCCUUACAUAUGCACACUCUGUGGCAAGAGCUUCUCACGAAAAGAAACUUUUAAGACUCACAUGACAAUUCACACUGGAGAGAAGCCGUUCACAUGUGAUCAGUGUGCAAAGAGGUUCAGAUAUAAAGAAAACCUUAAUCAUCACAUGAGCAUUCACUCAAGAGAGAACUGUUUUCUAUGUCAUCUGUGUGGAAAGAGUUUCAGAGACAGGAAACGCCUUAAGAGGCAUGUAAAAACGCACACCGGAGUGAAGCCUUUCAUGUGCCAUCACUGUGGAAAGAGUUUCACAAAGAAAGCAAACCGUGAGGAUCACAUGAGAAUUCACACUGGAGAGAAGCCUUUCACCUGCCCUCAGUGCGGAAAGAGUUUCACAGUUAAAGGAAACCUUAACAUUCACAUAAGAGUUCACACAGGAGAGAGGCCUUACAAGUGUCUUCAGUGUAAGAAGAGUUUCAUAUAUCACACAGACCUGAAACGUCAUUUGCAAACUCGUUCCGGAAAGAAAAUGCCGUGUUCCUUGGUGUGACGAGGUUUAGAAAAACUAGCAAUUUCAAAAAUCACCUGUGCAUUCAUUCUGGAGGAAGUCAAUUCAUCUGUGAUCAGUGUAAUAAAAACAUUUUUUUGUUCCCAUCACAGUUAAAGCUACAUAUGAAAAGUCUUGCAAAUGUGAGACGCUGUUUGUGUUAUUUGUUAAAGAAUAUGGCAACAGAAAAUGCGUAUCUGUGUAAAAUGAACCGCAGCUGAAUGUGGGCCACAUCUAAUUGUUCACCUUCAUGACCACUUAUUUUAUUUCCAUCCUUCACCUCUUUAUACUCUCUGACUUUAGGCUUUAUAUUUUCUGCCUAUGUAAUCCUGUGGCCCCACCUGACCAUCUUCUUUGCUAUAGUUUCAAAUAUUGAGCAUUUGCGAUUGACGUCCUAUAAUUUUGACUAUGUAGAAGCGUCACUCAAUUCCAUAUAUUGAUGCUUCUGAAUCAAAAUAUAUUUAAACUUCUGUCUUGCUGUGAAAUGUCACAAUGUAACUGAGAGUUUGUUUCUUUUUAAAUUCAUUUGGUGCAAUAAACAAUCCAAAGCAGUUAAUCUUC